CAACAAUAUACCUAACCUUUUUAUUAUCACUGAUAUUAAGAAUAAUGAUUUUAAUAAUGAAAACAGCUGUUAUGAGGUGACAGAGAGCAGUGCUGUCUAGAUCGUUGGUGACCCUCGGUCUAUACUUGUUCGACUUUGCUGGCUUUACUAAAUGUUAUUCCCUUAUCAUGUGUCUAUACACUGCGAAUGGAUCGAUUGUAAUCAUGUAUUGUCUUUCUGCUGACUGGUUAGCACGCAACAUAAGCUUUUCACUGUACCUUGGUACACGAGACAAUAAACUAAAAGGUAAGAUAACAGUAAAACAAUUAAAGUUCAUAGUGUCAGAAUUAACGGCAGCUCGUUUAGAAAGGAAGUGAGGAGGGACUUCUUUAGUCGGAGGGCAGUUAAUCUGUGGAACUCAUUGCCACAGAGGGUUGUGGAGGCCAAUGUGGAUAUAUUUAAGGCAGAGAUAGACAAGUUCUUGAUUAGAACGUGUGUCAAGGUUAUGGGGAGAAGGCAGGAAAAUGGGAUUAAGAGGCAGAGAUCAGCCAUGAUUGAAUGGCAGAGUAGACUCGAUGGGCCGAAUGGCCUAAUUCUACUCCUAUAACUUGUGAACUUGUGAAGUGAAACCUAUUUAUUAUCACUGAUACUAAGAAAGCUAAUGAUAAAUCAUUGCGUUGACAUUAAAAUGCAAUGGUGUAUAAUUGCAUCAUGUGGAAUGGGAUUGGGAAAACGUGACUAAUAUAUAAUGAUUGAUAGUCAAACGCCCGUACGUUUAUAUCUUUAUUUCAGCCAGAUUCAAUUUUAAUUGUCAUUGUCAGUGUACAGUACAGAGACAACGAAAUGCAUUAAGAGACAACGAAAUGCAUUUAUUUUAUUAUCUAUUUUUUAAUUUCUGCUGUCACUUUAAGGAGGUUUUCAAAGACGUUGGCUCAGCCCAGGAUGGUAACAGCUACAACAGACCACAGCGAGAAAUCGAAAAGGGUGGGCCCCAAAGAUGGAUAGGUUCCAGCAUUUAUUUAGAAAUGCAGGAUUCCAAAUAUAAAACGUCUGUUUUGUGAGCUCUACUUCCACUCGAGGAAAGUCACAGGACAAGUCGGACCUGUUGCGAUCAGAUUCUAGACUUAAAGCACCGGGGCGCAAAAACAAACUUCUACACCAACGCACACACACAGUAGCCGCAGCAAGAAAGCAGCAAAGAACCAAAUCCACAUCAAAAAUGCAGUGGUUUCUUCUGCUCUCCAUUGCAGCUUUUCUACUGAUUAUGCUCUAUCUUAUCCGCAGAAGAAGCAGGUUACCGAAUGAACCACCUCUGGAUAAAGGCCUGAUCCCUUGGCUGGGACACGCCCUGGAAUUUGGACGGGAUUGUGCCAAAUUUUUAUUGAAAAUGAAGACCAAACACGGAGACAUUUUCACAGUCCAAGUGGCCGGGCGGUUUGUAACGUUCCUGUUUGAUCCCCAUUCAAUCGACACAGUUGUAUUGGAAUCCAGUGCAAAGCUAGACUUCAGAAAGUACUCAUUGGCUUUAAUGGAUCGAAUCUUCAAUCUUCAGCUUCCUGACUAUGAUCACACUGAAGAGAGAGCUAUGAUGAGAAGGCAUCUCCAAGGAAGGCAUCUAUCUUCACUCACACAGGCAAUGUUCUCCAAUCUUAAAACCUUGUUGGUGGCGGAUGAAAAUGGCACAACAAACAGCUGGAAGCAGGAAGGGCUGUUCAACUUCUGCUGUGGCACAAUGUUCAGGUCAGGAUAUCUUACACUGUAUGGAAAUGUAGCUGUACCAAAUCAGGGGCAAACAUCCAAGAUUAAAGAUAAAAUUAAUUCAUCUGAAGUCUACAAUGUGUACAAACGACUGGAGCAGGUCUUGAUGAAAAUAGCUCGCUCCUCAUUAUCAGCAGAUGAGAAGAAGGAGGCUGCCUUGGUAAAAGAGCAUCUUUGGCAAUUGAUGUCUGUGGAGAAUCUAAGUUCAAGGUCGAACAGAAGCAGCUGGAUUCAAACAUACUGCAACCACCUACAACAGAUCGGCCUUGACAAGGACAUGCAGGCCCGUGCAAUGGUUCUCCAACUUUGGGCCACACAGGGUAAUAUCGGGCCUGCAGCAUUUUGGCUACUUAUAUUUCUCCUGAAACACCCAGAGGCAAGACACGCUGUUCAGGAGGAACUAAAGAAUAUCAGUUUCAACCAGACAAUGUCCUUUGUUAGUCAAGAUUUUCUCAACAGUACACCUGUCCUCGAUAGUGUUAUAAAUGAGACCCUGAGACUGACUGCAGCGCCAUUCAUCACUAGAGAAGUUCUCCAGAAUAUGACUCUGCAACUUACAGAUGGCAGAAGCUAUUCCCUGCGAAGGGGAGACAGAUUGUGCCUCUUUCCUUAUUUAAGUCCCCAGAUGGACCCGGAAAUCUAUGAAGAGCAUGAGAAAUUUAAGUACGACCGGUUUUUGCACAAAGAUGGGACGAAGAAGACAAAUUUCUUCAAGUGUGGAAGACAGUUGAAGCAUUACACAUUGCCAUGGGGAGCAGGGACUAAUGUCUGUAUUGGACAAUCCCUUGCAAUCAACAGCCUAAAAAUGUUUGUCUUUCUCAUGUUAAGCUGCUUUGAUUUUGAACUUUCUGAUUCAAAGACACCAGUCCCAGCCUUCGACACAUCCAGAUAUGGAUUUGGGUUGGUGCAGCCUAUAGAUGACGUCACGUUUCGUUAUAAGUCCAAGACUGAAUAAUCCAAGGCAACACAUUCCAGAAUUCUCCAGCUUGCCGGGGAAUGUUGGCAAUGCUUCCUGCGUGGCUAGAACUGUGCAAUAUUUACGUGUAAGAAGUGAACUGCAGAUGCUGGUUUGAACCGAAGAUGGACACAAAAAGCUGGAGUGACUCAGCGGGACAGGCAGCGUCUCUGGAGAGAAGGAAUGGGUGACGUUUCGGGUCGAGACCCGAAACGUCACCCAUUCCUUCUCUCCAGAGACGCUGCCUGUCCCGCUGAGUUACUCCAGCUUUUUGUGUCCAUCUUUGUGUAAUAUUUAAGUCUACCGCCAUAUGGAACCUUACUCAAACAAACCGAAUGGCCGCGACUCACCGCACCUUCCACAAGAUCCAGUGUAUUCCUUCCAGAUCGUCCAUUCAUUGACAAAACUGAACAUGGAGGCAUCUAACCAAGAGGUUAGUUGGUUUAGGUUGAGAUUUGGGAUUAGGUUAGGUUUAGAAUUAGGUUAUUGUCACGUGUUUCGAGGUACAGUGAAAAGCUUUGUUUAUGCGUGCUAUCCUCUAUCUGUGCACAGUGGACAGCUUAAUUGUAUUCAUGUGUAAUCUUUUCUUUGCCUGGAUAGCUCGCCAACAAAAGCUUUGCCUCAGUACAACGUGACAUUGGUAAACAAAACUUUAAAUGCUAUCAGAAUAUACAAUGCAUAAAUACCAAUAAGUCAAAGUCAAGUGCAAAAUGUUGAGCAAAGGAGAAGGUACAGAGUGCAGAAUAUAGUUCACAGCAUUGUAGAGCACCAGUUGCAUCUUACCAAUGGGACGCUGUGCAUAGCUGAUGGGCAUUUUCAUGAACUGCAUUUGUGCCCCUGUGUCCCAUUAAGAGAACACAGAAGCAACUCGCAUGACAGGGCGAUGUCAUAUGGAGGACAUGCUGUUGCCCAUGCAGCACGCCCCCCUCUCCACGUCGCUGAUCGAUCCA